CUGAAUUGGGCGACAGUUUUCCACAAGUACGAGUUUUCCAGAUUUCUACAAGGCGAGGCUCCAUCGUCGGUCACCAAGUCGGCGUCGUCACGAGCAGCUUCCAUAGCCGACGACGAUGAAGAUGACGGUUUCUAUGAUAACAUCGGAACGUACGACGAUCGGCGGGUCUCACGAAGUAGUGAAAUGGACGUUGCAUCGCUGUCUUCACACCAGUUACCACCCACUGGCUGGAAACCCACCAAAAUUGGCUCGUUCCUCCGAAAGAUUGGCGCCGGCAAUCGACCGCCUGGAAGUGCUGCUAGCCUUGUUUCACUGAAUAAGGUGGCAAACGAGACGCCAAUCAAGCAGGGAAAUCUCAUGAAGAGCAACAGCCUGAGCAAUGAGCCAUGGAAGAAAAUGGUGAUAGAAAAUCCAAGUAUUCCGACACGAGAACUCUUGUUCCCGCGAUGCUGGGCAUGUCAAGCGGCUGGUUUUGGCGCAAUGUCGUUCGACACCAAUUGUCGCAGUGAGCGAGCAAUAAAAAUUGCGCGGGCAACGAAUAAUGAAGCCACCGCUCCACUCCUCACCCCUCUUCCGGACACGCCAUGA